AGCGAAAUAUUCUAAUUCCAGGAUCCCGCUCUCCACGUUUCCUGUAAUUACUGAAUCACCCUUCCCCUCCCCGUGCUCUCCUUCCUCUCGCCCCCUCCCUACUCUUUCUUUCUCUCUCUCUGAAGUUUCCUCUUUCUUCUUAAAUUAGAAAUUGACUCUUCGUAGGCAUUUCUCUAUUAACGAUCGAGAGAGAGAGAGAUCCUUCUAGAUCGUCAUGCGACAAAUUCGCUGCAAUCGGCGCUCCUUUCCUUCUUUUUCUACUAAAUCUUCUUCUUCUUCUAUUUCCGCUUGGAGUGCGGGUGUUUUUCCGGGGGAUCCCCUUUGAAUGCGGUGGCCUGGCGAUCUUCUUUCUCCCGUCGACCGUACGGAACUCGUUCCCGUUUCCAUACUUUGAAGAAAGAAGAACGUUCGCGUGAUUUGCAUCUCGCAAUUAUCCUUCCUGAAGAACCCUUGAGUUUGAUUGAGUUGGCGAUCUUCGGAACCUUUUUUGUUGAAUCCGAGGCGAAUCAGGUCUCUUUCCGAGGAGGUGCCAAUCUGGCGUUCUUGCAAAGCAUGUGCUCCUUCCAAUAACGGAGAUUCUUACGAGUUUGGUGCAUGCAUUGAAGUUUGGUCCCUAGGAGUUCGAUUGAGUGGUUUUCUAAAACGGGUGAAGAAACUCACAUGCUUCCUUCCAGCAGGAAUCGACUCCAGCCAAGGGCCAACCGACCGUUUUGGACCUUUUCAGGUAUGGAUUAUGGCGAUUCAAGACGAAAACCUCAUCUUUUUGGGAAAGUUAUUUUGGCUGCUAUCCUCACCGUUCUCUGCAUUCUUAUUCUGAAGCAGUCGUCAGGCUAUGGUAGCUCUAGCCCGUUCCCUGGGCAUGAGGAUGGUGUUACCCAUGUCUUGGUGACUGGUGGUGCUGGCUAUAUAGGUUCACAUGCUGCACUCCGGCUUCUAAUGGAUAAUUAUCGUGUAACAAUUGUGGACAAUCUUUCAAGGGGCAACCUUGGUGCGGUGAAGGUGCUACAACAGCAAUUUCCAGAGUCUGGAAGGCUUCAAUUCAUAUAUGCUGAUCUAGGGGAUGGAAAAGCUGUCAAAAAAAUAUUCUCGGAGAAUGCCUUUGAUGCUGUCAUGCAUUUUGCUGCUGUGGCAUAUGUUGGAGAGAGUACGCUUGAUCCUCUUAGGUAUUAUCAUAACAUCACAUCAAAUACAUUGGUGGUACUUGAAGCUAUGGCAGCGUAUGGUGUAAAGACACUGAUUUAUUCUAGCACAUGUGCAACUUAUGGUGAACCAGAUAAAAUGCCGAUAAAAGAGGAUACUCCUCAGGCUCCCAUCAACCCAUACGGUAAAGCCAAAAAAAUGGCAGAAGAUAUCAUCUUAGAUUACUCCAAGAAGUCGGACAUGGCUGUCAUGAUACUGAGAUACUUCAAUGUAAUUGGAUCAGAUCCAGAAGGAAGACUAGGAGAAGCUCCAAGGCCAGAGCUGCGGGAGCAUGGUCGUAUAUCUGGUGCAUGCUUUGAUGCAGCUUUAGGAAUUAUUCCCCAUCUCAAGGUUGCAGGGACUGACUAUCAGACUGAAGAUGGUACUUGCGUAAGAGAUUAUAUUGAUGUGACCGAUCUGGUUGAUGCGCAUGUUAAAGCACUUGCCAAGGCAACACCUGGGAAUGUUGGCAUAUACAACGUUGGUACUGGCAAAGGUAGAUCUGUCAAGGAAUUUGUAGAAGCAUGCAAGAAAGCAACGGGUGUCAAUAUUGAUGUUAAGUACCUAGCUCGCAGACCUGGUGAUUAUGCAGAAGUUUACAGUGAUCCUUUGAAGAUCAGGAGGGAACUAAACUGGACUGCUCAGUACACUGAUCUGCAGGAAAGCCUAACAAUAGCAUGGAACUGGCAGAAGUUGCAUCCAAACGGCUACGGUUCAAGAGUUAUGGCAAUGGAUGCUUGACGCAACAACCAGUGGGGGGGUUUAACGGCCAGAGAAUUUUAGUCUUUCUCAUUUGUUGACACCUAAUCUUUUUCUUCAUGAUCAUCACCAUUAUUGGUGCUGUAGCUAGCCGGAUACGGUGACCAGAGUGGAAAUUGAGGCGUCACAGGCAUGUGAUAGAUUUUGUCUGAUGUAUUAGAGGCGAUCAGGUCAGGCAUUUGUCCAUUAUUGUAUGUUCAUCACAGCCAAGUCAAAUAAAAGCAUAUAGGAGAGGAGAUUCAUUUC